AUGGCUGUAAUGGUGAGAAAUGCUCUCCGCUUUGACUGGUUUACCCUCACUCUGUCUCCACCUCCGUCUCCAGGUGAGGGAUGUCUAAGAGCUUUGAGGACGGAGAGGCUGCUAAAACAGCUAACUAGUAGAGAAUAGGAGAGAAAGAACAACCAAGGUUUCAUGGCAAAAUUGGGUAAGUAAGCGUAACCCAUAUAAACCCAUCCAAAACUCAUCAGCCAGACCAAAAAGAUCAAGACGUUUCUGAUCCUGACACCAGCUGUCUGCCUCAGGCCCAGGUAGGUGACAGGGUGAACAACAGCCAGGUAGCGCUCAAUGCAAGCUAAAGAGUGAAAAUUUGUCUGUCCAGGCAAGACGAAAGAAAACAGUAAAUACCCAGACAACAUUAUGUACUCUUUUUUCAUUGACUCAGCGAUGCAGUACAGGCUGCUUCCCAGCAGGCUGAAAACCUCCAUGAACACCAUAUGGUAGGUGAAGAUGUCGGUGUGGCUGGUAGCUUUGACCGCAGAAGACGAUCGCCGCUGCCUCCAUCUCUGGAGUCCCACAUGGAGAACACAUGUAGACAGAGGGAGGAGGAGGAGGAAGUUAAAGACAGUAUAGAUGUAGAAGAUGAGGGUCCCAUCUGA